AUGGGUCCCAAGAAGAAGCCCGACGCCCGUGGAGGUCCCAAGCCCGGGACAAAGCAAGCCAAAGCCGCCGCUGAGCGAUCGGCUGAAAACGCGAAGAAAGCGCAGGCCGCCACGGAGGAACCGAAGAAACCAUCUGUGAAGGAGGUCAUUGGGGGUGCAUCAUGGACUGGAAAGCUGCCGGUUAAUAUGCUCGCGGAGCAUUGCCAGAAGCAGAAAUGGGAGAAACCAGAAUAUACAAUGAUGAAAACUUCAGACGGCUAUGUCUCUUCAGUCAUAUUGAAACGGAUCGAUCCCAAGACUCGAGAAAUGACCGUACUUCCUCCCAUGAAGCCGCCACCAUCGCACAAGCAUUUGGCGGCGCAGCCGACGGCGCUGGAAGCUCGUCAUUUCGCUGCCGCGUACGCCUUGUUUCGAGUCUGCAACAUGAGAAACCUACAUAUGAUGCUCCCGCCUACCUAUAAGAAGUUGUGGAAAGAGGACUUCACGGACAUUAAGAACGCGGAUACCAAGGAAGGAAAAGGGUGGAUGUACGAAGCCGAUCCAUUCUUAGCGAAGCAAGAACGGGAAAAUGCUGCUGCAGAUCUAGAAAAGAAACGAAAAGAGCGAGAAAAGGCGCAGGCGAAAGAGAAGGAUACCGCUGUCGACUUGGGUGUAGGCUCAAAUGGUGAGAACAAAGGGAAAAGGAUCUGGUCACAAGCUCCGAAAGUUGAUCUGGGAAGUAAAAUUCGCCGUGAGCUUGAGGAACUGUUGCGACAGCAUACGAUCUGGAAUCCCUACAAUGUACAGAUAUCGGAGGCUGAGCGCGGAGCUAUCAUUGAGGAGUUCCUUGGGUUGGGCUUCCGACGCAGUCAUGUUGAAGAGGCUACCGCUGCCUGUAAAGACCGGGAAGAGGUUCUUGAGUGGCUUCUUAUCUAUGUCCCAGAGGAUGACCUCCCACGGUGGUGUCUGCCCGAGAGAUAUACCGCCGGCGUGACCCUCGCCAGCGAUGAUCUUGCAAGGGAGGCCAAGAUCAAACGGCUUGCCUCUUUUGGAUAUUCAGCUGAUCUGUGCGCUCAAACUCUGGAUAGCAAGCACGGUGAUGAGCUCGCAGCCGCAGAAUUUUUGCAAAUCACACUAGUGCACGGUGAAAACCAUUCUCUCGACUCGUUGUCCGCAGGGGACGAAGACUCCUGGGCAGAGGAGCAAGAUACACUGGAAGCAAUCUUCGGAGAACGCUACAAACGUAUAUCGUCCAAAGUCUGCGAAAUCAAGAGCGAGGCACCGAGUCUUCCUGAAUCUCUGUCUUUUCGAUUCCAGAAGCCUUCUGGGGGUUAUCCAUCGUCUGUGCCUGUGAUCGCCAUUCAGGGAACUGGUAUCCCGGCUUAUAUACGGCUCAGCGCGAUACGGCAAGCCGUACAGUUCGCAGAGGAAAACUACCUGGGAGAGUCAAUGAUUUUCAACAUAAUGGACUGGCUAGAAAUACAUCUCCCAGGGAUCAUAGAAAAUCCAGGCAAACUGCGAGACAUUUCAACAGUAACGGCCUCUUCAUCUGCAGUUGGCUCAUUCUCAAGGCUUCCCGUUCGUCAGUCACGCAAGCAAAGCAGAAAGAUUGAUUGGACACCGGAUUCUUCUCUAGGCGCCUCUAUUAGAGAAGCUUGGAAGGCCAGGCAGUCAACAAACGCACAGCAAGAAAUGACUCAGAAACGCGAGUCUCUCCCUGCGUGGAAAAUUCAAGAUGCUAUCAUACAUGCCGUGAAUACGCAUCAAGUCACCAUUAUUUCAGGUGAAACAGGAAGCGGCAAGAGUACUCAGUCAGUGCAAUUUGUACUAGAUGAUAUGAUUAAACGCGGCUUAGGUGGCGUUGCGAAUAUCAUCUGCACGCAGCCACGCAGAAUUUCAGCAUUAGGUCUAGCUGAUCGAGUCAGCGACGAGCGAUGCACCUCGGUGGGAAAAGAAGUUGGAUAUAUCAUUCGUGGAGAUUCCAAGGUGAAGCCUGGCGAGACGAAGAUCACCUUUGUCACUACUGGUGUCCUACUUCGUCGCCUGCAGUCUGGUAGUGGGCCGGAUGGCAAUGUCGCAGGUUCUCUGGCGGAUGUCACACAUGUGGUAGUAGAUGAAGUUCACGAACGAAGUCUUGACACCGACUUUCUCCUGGCGCUCUUGAGGGACGUUCUCCGAUACCGACCAGAUAUCAAAGUCAUCCUAAUGAGUGCUACUCUGGAUGCAGAGAUCUUCAUGAACUAUUUUGGGGGUCGCGAGAAAGUUGGCCUAGUGAACAUUCCCGGUCGAACAUUCCCAGUUAGCGACUAUUACCUGGAUGAUAUCGUCCGGUACACCGGUUUUGCACCCGAACUGGCCGAAAGAAGUCUUGAUGAAGACGUCAUGUCUCCUCCUCAAGGCGACGAACCGUUAGGCAAGCUCCUUCGCGGCCUCGGAAUGGGCAUCAACUACGAAUUGAUCGCGUCCACUGUCCGCUAUAUCGACUCUCAAUUGGGAGAUCUACCAGGAGGAAUACUGAUAUUCUUGCCCGGAACUAUGGAAAUCGAAAGAUGCUUGAAUGCUGUGCGGAAGAUACCCAAUGUUCAUACGCUCCCGUUACAUGCGUCCCUGCUGCCGGCAGAGCAAAAGCGUGUCUUCCUCAGCCCUCCCAAAGGCAAGAGAAAGGUCAUUGCUGCCACUAACGUUGCCGAGACGUCGAUCACCAUUGAAGAUGUGGUCGCGGUCAUCGACACUGGCCGCGUUAAAGAGACUAGCUACGACCCGAAGGACAACAUGGUGCGCCUCCAGGAAGUCUGGGCUUCCCAGGCAGCGUGCAAGCAACGACGAGGACGUGCCGGUCGUGUGAGGGCUGGUUCGUGCUACAAGCUGUACACUCGCAAAGCCGAAUCGAGUAUGCCCCAGCGACCAGAACCUGAAAUCCGCCGAGUCCCACUGGAGCAACUGUGCCUGUCAGUCAAAGCCAUGAAAGGCAUAGACGAUGUCGCUACCUUUUUGGCGAACACCGUUACACCGCCUGAAAGCGUCGCUGUCGAGGGUGCCCUGGAUUUCCUGCAUCGUGUCGGCGCUCUAGAUCAUGACAGGUUGACGGCACUCGGACGAUACCUAUCCAUGAUCCCGGCUGACCUACGCUGCGCCAAACUCAUGGUCUACGGCUCCAUUUUCGGCUGCAUUGAUGCCUGCAUCACCAUAUCAGCUAUCUUGACGGUGAAAAGCCCAUUCAUAUCACCCCGCGACAGGCGCGACGAAGCCAACGCCGCCAAAGCAUCCUUCUCCAAGGGCGACGGCGAUCUUCUCACCGACCUCGCCGCAUACCAGCAGUGGUCAGAUCGAGCCAAAGCACAGGGCUACUGGCAGACCCAGUCCUGGUGCUCCGCCAACUUCCUCUCGCACCAGACCCUUCGCGACAUCUCCUCCAACCGAGCCCAAUUCAUCAGCUCUCUCAAGGACGCCGGCAUCCUCCCAGUCGACUACUCAGACUCCGAACCCGGUUCCGCCUGGAACCGCAACAACGGGAACAGAAACCUCCUCCGCGCCAUCGUCGCAGGCGCCUUCCAGCCGCAGGUAGCACAGAUCUCCUUCCCAGACAAGAAAUUCGCCAGUUCCAUGACAGGCACCGUCGAAAUCGACCCGGACGCCCGGACAAUCAAAUACUUCAACCAGGAAAACGGCCGCGUCUUCAUCCACCCAAGCUCCCUCCUUUUCUCCGCGCAGAGCUACUCCGGCGCCGCCGCGUACCUUAGCUACUUCACCAAGAUGGCGACAAGCAAAGUGUUCAUCCGGGAUCUGACCCCUUUCAACCCUUACUCCCUCCUCCUCUUUUGCGGAUCCAUCAACCUCGAUACCAUGGGCCGCGGUCUCAUUGUUGACGGCUGGCUGCGGCUUCGCGGUUGGGCCCGCAUCGGCGUCCUCGUCUCGCGACUGCGCCUCAUGCUGGAUGAGAUCAUAGCGGCGCGCAUCGACAACCCUGGUUUUAGUCCUGUAUCGGAUGACCUGGGCGACCGGGUGAUCGAGAUCGUUAAGAAAUUGGUCGAGUUUAACGGGUUGGAUCAGUAG